GUAGUAAGCUGCCCAAGGAGCAAAUUACAGUUAAGUGCCUUGCUCAAGGGCACGUCGACAGAUGUCACGUGGUUUAUUCAAACCAGGGACUUUUCGGCGAAUAGCCCAAAGCUUUAACUGCUAUGCUACCUGCCGCCCACUGACCUGAAAAACAGGUGAUAAGAGCAAUUUAGAAUUCGCUCCACCAGGUGCUUUGUGUAGGGCAGGCUACCGCCUCACUGAGGGAUUUCAGACAAAACAGACCUUGAACGCGGGUAUUUACACUCUAUGACUCCCAGGUAAACAGUCUGUUUCAAUAUCUUGAGAGUUCUCCGUUUGAUUUUGUUUCCAACUAAUAUAUUACCCCACUGCUGCAAAGGAGAGCGAGAUGCGUGGGCGAUAUAAAAGUAAGGAGAACGCGGGCAGUGAAUGCAUCCAUGCUUUUGAGGCGAAACGGGACAUUGGAAACGGGCUGUUUAGGAGUUACGACUCAGAACCUGCCAGCUACUCGGAGGGGCCAAAUUCCCCAAAUGGAGGUAUCCUGACAAGUUUGGACGACGGGAAUGGGCCUUCGACAAUGAACUCGUCUUUGACAGGUCCAAAACGCUCCAACUAUGACGGUGAGAAAAGGUACCUGGGAGUCAGGGUCAAAAUGCCUGUGAGAGACAUGCUUAAUAAGAUUCGCAUAGCGAAGGGAAUGGACCCAAAACAUAUCCAGGGUAACUGCGGCAAGGCAUUGAAAGGAGAGAAGAAACGGGUGAAUACCAAUAGAGAUCGCAGAAGUAGCAAGAGAAAACAACCUACAAAGAGCCUGGAGGAACUCGCCAUAAUAGUGGAGGUGUUGGAGGAGGAUCUCAAAGCCAGCAAACCAUACAGCCAGUCUAACACGUCUGAGUCACCUGAUUACAGCCCAGAGCCCAACGUGCAACCAUGGAAUAGUCCAGAGCAACUCCAGCAUAGUCACUCAAUGAAGUUCAGUCAGGAAAAAAAGAUGCCACAACAAGCUACAAACUACUGUAUGUCAGAGCUAAAGCUAUCCCGCUCUGCACACAAUCACAACACUAGUGUUCCUCCGUUGAACUCCCAAGGACGGUGUAUCAACGACGAAUCCGACAAUAUGAUGCCCAGUCCAGAUUCAUAUAUGACUUACUCCCCCAGCAACACCAGUGAAUGUCAAGUGCCAUCUCCCCAAUAUUCGGGCUUUGCUAGCCCCCUGUCCUCCAGCUAUGAGUUAGGUCAGGAUGGAGGUAGUGACUACCAGGAUAGCUUUAGCCCCCAGUGCCAGGAUAGCUUUAGCCCCCAGUGCCAGGAUAGCUUUAGCCCCCAGUGCCAGGAUAGCUUUAGCCCCCAGUGCCAGGAUAGCUUUAGCCCCCAGUGCCAAGAUAGCUUUAGCCCCCAGUGCCAGGAUAGCUUUAGCCCCCAGUGCCAGGAUAGCUUUAGCCCCCAGUGCCAGGAUAGCUUUAGCCCCCAGUGCCAGGAUAGCUUUAGCCCCCAGUGCCAGGAUAGCUUUAGCCCCCAGUGCCAGGAUGGCUUUAGCCCCCAGUGCCAGGAUGGCUUUAGCCCCCAGUGCCAGGAUAGCUUUAGCCCCCAGUGCCAGGAUAGCUUUAGCUCAUAUUGGCUCAGCUACAUGGGCCAGAAUUGGAACAGCACAGCAUACUUCUGGAACCAGCUCCAGAGGGAGGAGAGCUUACUGGCGGUGGUCUCUGACACAGAGGUUCUGGCCACAGACAGGAACGGAAGGACAGCUCUCCACAGAGUUGUGGGUCAAGGCAAGAGGGCCCUGGGAUAUGUGAUUGCCAAAAGGAUGGCAGCUCUGAAUAGGCUGGAUGUCAAAGACUCAGAGGGAAAGACUGCACUUCACCUGGCUGCCCAAAAGAACCAACACCUGAUGGUGGCUGAUCUGAUUCACCUUGGUGCCUGUGUGAACGAGAAGGACAGGAGUGGAAAGACAUGCCUGCACCUCAGUGUCGAGAAUGGAUACAUUCGAGUUCUGGAGGUUCUGAAAAAUAUGAUGAAAGAAGGGAUUUAUGUAGAUGUCGAAGCUACAGAUAAUUAUGGACUCAGUGUGUUUCAGUGUGCAGUUGUGGCUCUGAACGUCACCGUGCGAGAGCUGGAGAGAAGUGUGGCACCUAGUCAGAUGAGACUCCACACACUGCGCAAGGAGCAGAUGAUGGAGACACUGGGGUGUCUGCUGCAAAUGGGAAGCUACCAUCACACUCUGGUCAGAGUCUCCCUAUAUAAUAUAGGCGGCUAAAGUUUUCCAUUUGGAAGUCAUAAUGUGUUUAAGUUACUAAGCUAAGAAUGUGUUAAGUUUGAACGAAUCCACACAAAUAUACAGAUACUGGAGUACUUCAAUAACCAUUCAUUCUCUGUUUGCUUGACAGAGUUAAGCGUUGAAGUACAGGAGAUUAAAAUGCUGUCAACAACUCUCCCUUAGGAUAAUCAAUCAAAUGUAUUUAUAAAGCCCUUUUACAUCAGCUGAUGUCACAAAGUGCUAUACAGAAACCCAGACUAAAACCCCAAAGAGAACGGUGGCUAGUAAAAACUCCCUAGAAAGGCAGGAACCUAGGAAGAAACCUAGAGAGGAACCAGGCUCUGAGGGGUGGCCAGUCCUCUUCUGGCUGUGCCGGGUGGAGAUUAUAACAGAACAUGGCCAAGAUGUUCAAAUGUUUAUAAAUGACCAGCAUGGUCAAAUAAUAAUAAUCACAGUGAUUGUAGAGGGUGCAACUGGUCAGCACCUCAGGAGUAAAUGUCAGUUGGCUUUUCAUAGCCGAUCGUUCAGAGUUAGAGACAGCAGGUGGGGGGAGAAUGCAAAUAAAGUGGAAGCAAAAUGGAGUCCUACAAGUUCAUGCAAGGAGUGGUCUCCCGACCCAGUAACUUGAGCUACUUAACUUGUUCAGUAUUUUUCAUAUGAUUUCCAAGGGGGGUUAUAGACAAGAGUCCUUAUUUAUAGUACUGUACAUUUUAGUUUUUCUUUGUUUUAUUGCACACACAAAUGUAAAUGUCAUUUCUUGCUGUACUAAAAUAAUUGUGUUUUUGAUGUAUCAAACACAUUUUGAUUUGGUUACAGUUUGAUUUAAAAGGAUCCUCCAUGAAAUGAAUAGUUUCCAGAAUCUAUUAGAUUUAUGGUUCUAAUUUGGUGUUUGUCUCUUUCUUAGGGGAACUACGUGACUUAGAUGGUGUCCAUCCACAGCUGUUCCUUAUGACAUUAUGUGUGCAUCUGCCAAGCAAGGCAUGCCAGAGAACUGACAGUUAAUGUUUCUGAGUUGUUACAAGCUUGAACUUGUCUUGGAGAAAGGCCAAUGUGGUUUAGAAAGCCUUUAAUAACCUAUCUCUUUGUUACGUGGCUUUAAAGUGAGAGGCUUUCUUCAAGGCAAGGUACAAGUCUUAUGUAAAGCAUCCAAGGUUUUAUGUUAGCUGAAACACAAUUGUAAAUUGAGUGUUUUUGUGGCUUGCGUUAAGACUUUGGUUGCACAUUGGCUGGUUUCUGUGAAACUUCCACUGUUUGUUACAUUAAAGUAGCAAAAUGUUAAUGCAAGUUAAGCUCAAUUUUAUUUGGUGAAUGUGUUAUUGGUGUUGUAUGUAAUACAACAAGGGAGUCAAAUUCUUUCAUACUCACAUCUUGGAGGGAAAGUGAUAAUGUUCAAAGCAGCUAGUUUGGCCGGAAAGUUGCCAACAUGUUGUUCCACGGUUGAAAAGUUUAUUAUACGUCUGUAUGGGUGUGUGCAUCUGUGUGUGUAUUUUUAUUCUGUAAUGAAUACCAGGGUUAUCAACAAUAUUCUUAUGUGUAUAGGCCUAUAUGUUGAAUGUAUGUUAAAGGUGAAAUCCAUAAGUUGGUCUCAGCCGAUGGAGAGGGUCAUUGUAAGUGCAAAACAAAAGAAGUAGGGGAACAGGCACAUUCAUUGGCUUAAAUCCAACCACAUUGUACUUUGUGACAUUUCCACAGGAGACAAAGAAUUUGUAAUUUUACUGCUUUGUUAUACAUUUUUGUCUGGUGUCGCGUUAUAUUACCAAGAUGGUCAUCUUGUACCAGACACAUUCAAGGCUUGUGAUAAUGUGUGUGGUUACAGGUUUUUAAAAUUGUAGUGAAGUGUCAUUUACAAGAAAUAUAUAUAUAUAUAUCUUAAAGACAUUCACAAAAUAUAAUUUACUAUGAAGCAAAAAGGUUGCUCUUUAUUUCACACAGUAUGUCGGCAUUGCUCUUUUUGUAUUGUUGACAGUACAUUCAGAGGGCGGUCAGGUGAACUGGUCCACUAGUACAACCAUGAAUCUCUGAUCUUUGUUGUUUUUAUGGUAGCGCUUGGGUGUUAACCCUGAAUUCUUUGACUAAAUCCUUUGGCAUUUUAUAAUCCCAUUAAUAUGCAGGCUGUGUAUCGCAUACUUUCGAUACGAUAGCAUUUUAUUAGUCCCUGAAAGGACCUAAUUUCUUCACUUAAAAAUAUUUGGUGGUUUGCAUGGUGUUGUUUUUGUAAGUAAUGAUUGUGAUGUAGCUGGCUUCAUUUCAGCUCCAACUAUUUAAAGCAGUUUUUAUGUGCACUUUUUUUCUUAUAGUUGUAAUGGUAUAGUUGUUAGUCAUUUUUAUUACACAUAUAGUAGUAUGUAGUUGUAGUGGUGUAGUAAUUGUAUUUGACAUGCAUUUUUGUUCAAGUUUUAUGGUAGGACGAGUAGUAAUUGUAGUGUUGUGUGGCUGCAGUAGCAAUGUAGCUAGCUGUGGCUGCAACAGCAAUCAUAGGAGUUGUGGUAGAAGUAGUGAAAGAUGUGGCGCAAAGAGAGUAGGAGCAGUACUGGCUGGUACUUUUAGUAGGAGUUGUAUGGCCUUGGUUCACAGCACUCAUAUGAAGUUCAUGAAAACCCUUUAUUUUUUUCUAUUAUGGUUUUGUUAUUGUUUCGUACAUGUAGCGCUUUAACAGGGGCUGAAUUGGGACUAUGUAGGUGGUGGAAAUGUCCCUGAUUUCUAUGGAAUAUAUUCAAUUUCGACUCUAUCCUGUCUACUAACAUUUGGUGAUAGAGCUCAACAAUCUCCAAUUCAACCCCUGGCAUGAAUAUACAGAUGUAGGAUCUUAAUUUGACCCAGUUUGCUACAGAAGGAAAAUAGUCCUGCAUCAACAGGAAAUGGGAAUUAUGAUGUGGAUUAUAAUUAAUGGAAAUGUAUGAAGGGAUACAUUAUUUAUAAGGAAAAAUGUCAAAGUAUAAAGAACAAACUUCAGAAUCAUUUUUAAACCUAAAUAAACGACACAAUUUACAAAUGAAGAUCCUACACCUGUAAAGUAACUAUUUUAUCCCACUAUAAAGGGAAUAUUAUCUGUAAUCUGGUGUUUGGUAUGUAAUGUUUUAUAUAUAUUUGUAUACAUUGAUCAAUAUAAUGGAAACAUGUUUUUUUGAAUGAGAUAUAUGCACAACUCAGAUCUUUGGAAUUGAUUGGAGAUUUUCAAACUGAAAUAAUCAAGAUUAACACACAGAUCUCGGGUUAGAAUUCAGCCAACCUCGUCCCCAGGCUCCGGGUCAACAGAGAGAGCGGGCUGGUGAUGAGAAUAGGAUUCAGUAACAAUAGUCAGGCUAAAAUAGCCAUCCAUGUUCAUUAUUUGUGUGCAGUUCUAAUUUAGACUGGUUGUCUUGAGGCUUUGUUGAUCAACGAAUAAGCUGGAAACUGAUAGGAAUGCAAGCAGCUAUACAUUUGUUUUCAUCUUGCUGGAGGAGGGUUGUUGAACAAAUGAUAGGCUGUCACUCACAUCUUUGGGUUUAGUGAUGCCUGAGUGUAUAAGAUGUUUCUGGUGGUGCACUGUUCCUGAAUGGCAACAUAGCUUGUGCACAGCCCCUUUAUUAAGUUGAUUCAUGUAUACCACUUUCCCAUGACCUUUAUUAAAGAUUAAAAGGAAUUUUACCUGA